UGCAGCGGUUCAUUUCGACAAACCCUCAAUUAAGAGCUGAAACAGAGGAGAGAGAGAGAGAGAGAGAGAGAAGCAAUGGAAUCAACAGCGAGACGAAGCGGAGGAGGAAUAUUCGAAGGCCUCUACAAGGUGUUAAUGCGCCGGACCUCCGUCUACGCCACUUUCGUUAUCGCCGGCGCCUUCAUCGGCGAACGGGCAGUGGACUAUGGAGUUCAUAAGCUCUGGGAGUACAACAAUGUUGGGAAGCGGUAUGAGGACAUUCCAGUUUUGGGACAGAGGCCAGCUGAAUGAAUUACCAAUCUCCCUUUUCUCGUCUUUUUCCUGGAGUCAAAAUGAAACUUCUUAUAUUGAUCUUUGAAUAAGUAUUGCUUUAUUGGAACAAUCCAAUCUUGAUAUUUCAAAACAUUUAGAACUUAGAUUAUUGGAUUUGAAGCUUGGUUUUUUCUUAUAUCAAGGCAUAUUUAAUUUUUCAUUUUC